UUUAUCAACCAUUACUUGUGUUUUUUGGUUGACUACUUAUAAACAACGCAAUGGACUCAACUAAGAUUGAGUUUGCAGUGGAAAUGCGCAAACACGACAAAUCGUGCGUAGACAGCCUGCGGCGUGCUCUGGAGGGCAUGGGUCAAGUUGACAUUGAUCCGGCCGAGGGACGCGUAAUUGUGCAGACAACAGUGCCAUGGUCAGAAGUUCAGGACAAAAUCGAAAGCACCGGUCGCCGGGCUGUUCUCUCCGGCUUUGGAGGACAAUCAGCGGUGGCGCUUAUCAAUACAACCGGCUGUGUCGUUGACAGGACUCCCGUACAGGGCGCAGUGCGUUUCACCACAAUUGCUGCGCAGCAUGCUGGCGUAGUUGUUGAUGGAGUGGUGGAUGGAUUAGCGCCGGGACUCCAUGGCUUUCACAUACACGAAAGCGGCGAUGUGUCCAAAGGCUGUGCAUCAGUUGGCGAGCAUUAUAAUCCGCGUAAUUCGCCACAUGGAAGCCCAGACGCAAGCACAGCCAAGCGACAUGCCGGCGACUUGGGCAACAUACGUGCCGACGAAACUGGCCGUGCCACAUUCCGUUUUGUUGAUCCAGCCCUGGAAAUUUGGGACAUAAUUGGACGGGCUGUUGUCAUAACAGCCAAUGCGGAUGACAUGGGACGCGGUGGCAACACGCAAAGUCUAAUCGACGGCAAUUCCGGUGACAGAAUUGCCUGCGGCAUAAUUGCCCGCUCGGCUGGCAUUUUGCAGAACUUCAAGAGAAUUUGUGCCUGCGACGGUGUAACGCUUUGGGAUGAGCGCAAUAAACCGCUGGCGGGCAAAGGACGUUCUACAAAACUGUAAAUAUAAUACUUUAUUGUUUGUGAAAUGUGCUUAAAUAUAUAUGUAUAG